AUGGAGGAUCGCAAGGAGAGAAAUGCACCAUGGCUGUCUGUGCCCCAGUUUGGGGACUGGGAUCAAAAGGAAGCAUUGCCCGACUACUCCAUGGAUUUCACAAAAUUAAGAGAAAAUAGGAAGCAGAACAAGAGGGACCCGUCGAGGGCAAGUCUUGGAAAUGAAGAAGAGCUUGUCUCCACAAACACCAGAACUUCUAACAUUGCUCAAAAUGUUCAUCACGACUAUCAUCAGAACCAUUCCCCGACGGCGAGGAGGAGCAUAUUCCGCUACUUCAACUGCUGCGCCAAGGCUUGA